AGGGAAACGGGGUGGAGGAGGUGGGAGGAGGAGGAGGAGGAGGAGAGAGGAACGGAAACGGAAGAGGAAGAAGGAAGGAUCGAGGCCGGAGGACGAGGUUUCUCGACGCGGCAAACAUGACGCAGCAAAGCGGGGCUGGGUCGCCCCAGCAAUUCUGCCUACGUUGGAACAAUUACCAGACGAAUCUGACCAACGUGUUCGACCAACUUCUCCAGAGCGAGAGUUUCGUUGACGUGACCCUUGCCUGCGACGGGCACAGCGUGAAAGCGCACAAGAUGGUACUGUCCGCGUGCAGCCCUUACUUCCAAGCCCUUUUCUUCGACAAUCCAUGCCAACACCCGAUCGUCAUCAUGAAGGACAUCAAGUGGCCCGAGCUCAAGGCCGCCGUCGAGUUCAUGUACAAGGGUGAGAUAAACGUGUCCCAGGAGCAGAUCGGCCCCCUCCUCAAAGUUGCCGAGAGCCUGAAGAUACGCGGCCUGGCAGACGUGAACAACGAGCACGAGUUGACGUCGAGAUCGAACCUCGAGGAGGCGGCGAACGCCGCCCUUCACAGGAAGAAGAGGCGCCGAAUAUCGGGCGAGAGAUCGCCCCCCGCGUGCAGCCCCGACCGGAUCCCCGGUUCGGGGAGCAUCCCCGACGACCAGGAGCCGAACCAGGUGGGCGGCGGGGUGAUCGUGCCCGACAUCCACGGCAUGCUGCCCAGCAGCUCGACCCCGCGAUCCCUCGGAUCCCCGGGCACGCCCAACGUCUCCGUCACGCCGCAGAUCAACCUCCAAGAACUUCCGGUAUCGCUGCCCCUGCCGCCACCGCCACCGCCGCCCCCUCAGCCCGGCCAGCCGAGCUCGCACUCGAUACCCGCUCACCACGUGCCUCCCCACGUGACUUCCGUUCCCCACGCGCCCGUCAACCACCUGACCGCCCAUGGCCAGCAACUUGCCGGCCUCCAGCAGCAGCAGCAGCAGCAGCAGCAACAGCAACAGCAGCACCUCCCGCAGCCGGGACCUAUCCAACCUAAUCCCGGGGACGAUCUCGAGAUCAAGCCUGGCAUCGCCGAGAUGAUUCGCGAGGAGGAAAGGGCCAAGUUGUUGGAGUCAUCCCACGCUUGGCUCGGAGCCUCCACAUCGAGUAUAGCAGCAGACAGCUACCAGUAUCAGCUGCAAUCGAUGUGGCAGAAAUGUUGGAACACCAAUCAGAGCCUGGUCCACAAUCUGCGCUUUCGUGAACGUGGCCCGCUCAAAUCUUGGCGACCGGAAACGAUGGCGGAGGCGAUCUUCAGCGUCCUGAAAGAAGGAUUGUCCUUGAGUCAGGCAGCUAGGAAAUACGACAUCCCUUACCCGACGUUCGUGUUGUAUGCCAAUCGGGUACAUAAUAUGCUAGGUCCGAGCGCCGAUGGCGGAGCUGAUCUUCGCCCAAAAGGUAGAGGAAGGCCGCAAAGGAUUCUACUAGGCGUUUGGCCGGACGAGCACAUUCGCGGGGUGAUCCGAGCCGUCGUGUUCCGCGACGGUCAUUCCCCGCACAUGGUGAAGGAAGAGCCAACUAUAUAUCCUGGUCUGGCGAAUUACGCAGCUUGCAACGGUCCGGAAGGCGCGGUCAGUCCCGGAGCGGCAGCCGCGGCCGCGGUUGCCGCAGUCGCUCAAGGACUGCGGCAUCAAAUGUGCAGCAUGGUGGCGGCAGCGCACUCGCAACAGCACGACAUGAUGGCGACAAAUCUCUCCACGAACCUGUCCACGAGCCUCACGUCGAAUCUGCAGGCGGCGAUGCAAGCCAGCCAGCAUCACCACAACAACAGCGGGCCUAUUAUCGGCAGCAACAACGGUGGGCACACCGGUAACUCGCCGUUGAACCUAGGCCUGGGAAGUCCGGGCAGCGGUGGCCCACCCGAGAGCCCGAUGGAGAGCCCCCUCGCCAGCCCUCUCGGCCCCCUAAUGGAUCCCGGCCACAUACCAAGCAGCGUGGAAGUCGGAAUCGGCGUGAGCGGAAUGACCUACAAACCGGCACGAAGCUUCGUCAGCCCGCGGCCGGAGACCCUUUUUCAGGAGGAUAUCGCGGAUCUCGUGAAGAGUCCGCACGGGCUCAAGGACAAGGACAAGAUCCCCGUUAAACUCGAGCCGUUGACGGACUCGCGUUGCGAAUAGUAAGCAAGGCAGGCUCGAGACAGAACGAGCUAAUUGUUGGAUCGGCGGAACAGCGUGGUCGUCGUCGUCUCACUUCCAUCGCGAUCCUCCUAACAGGAUUCUGCCAUCGUCGCAAUCGUCGACGACGCAUCGCGCAGAACCGAGUCUACGGGGAGGCGACGCUCGGCUAUACGGAUUAUUCGAAGGUAGACGAUUCGCACGGUGAUAAUCGCCAUUUCGUCGAGUCGAGCACCGAUUGCGUAUCUUCCAUCUUUCUCGAACGGUCCGUAUUCGGUCGAUCAUUCGUCCUCGCGACGACACUGCAGUAUAUAUAUAUAUAAGUAUAUAUAUAAGUAUAUAUAUAAGUAUAUAUAUAUAUACUUAUAUGCAUCAGAGCGAUCUCGCCGCGAGAUCGUUCGACGAGAUUUACAAUCAAAAGCGGGGGAGAGAGGGGAAAAUGGAGAAUUGAGAGGGGGAGUCCCGCGAAUCGAGGAAGCGACGACGUUUUAGGGAACGCACACCCGAUCGAUGCUCGAUCCCUCGAAUCCCCUCGAAUCUCUCGCAUACUACGAAACCUCCCUCCUCCGACCGACACCCUCGAGCAUCGAUCGCGAUCGCUCGACCGAGCUCCGCUCGCAGCCUCCAAGGCCGCCUAUUUUAAGAGAGAACGUUCCGUAGCUAAUCGCUCGAUUAGGAACCCGCGACAUUCUUCUUUGCGAGGCAUCCGGCUGCGCGUCAAAAAAGCGUGAUGGACGCGUGGAAGCGAGAGAGAGAGAGAAAGAGAGAGAGAAAGAGAGAGAGAGAGAGAGAGAAUGAGAGAAUGAGAGAGAGAAAGGGGACGAGAAUUCGCGUGCUACACGGACACACGCUACAGUCGAGAUUUAUAUAUCUUAUGCAUAUAUACCAUACGUUUAAUAUGCCAAAUGUAUAGUAAUUGGUGAGAUCUUGUAUCACGAGCCAGUAUUCCCGCCGCGAUUCGAGACGCGGUUUAAUAUAUCGGGGACUCGCCGAUUUAUUAAGAAACCAACGUCCGUGCAUUACUACGGGCGGUGGAGAGCGAAUAAUAAGAUGUAGUUGGCAGCGAGACGCUGCGAAAGGGUGACGACUGGUGAAAUUAGGGCGUUCAUAGAACGCGGGAUCGAUUGGAGAAACGUUGCGCUUCCGAAAAAAAGAAAAAAAAAGAAAAAAAAAGAAAAAAAAAAAAGAAAAUAAAGAAAAACGGGGGAAAAAAAAGAAUCUUACGAGAGCGAAAGAGAUGUACAAAAUUCUCUUGCGACCGUUCGUCGAUUUUUAUAAAACGACGACGACUGAAUCUCUACGGAAUGAAAGAGAAAACGAAAAAAAAAAAGAAAAAAAAAACAAAAAAAAAAUAUUGUUUGACUAAGUGCGAUCGCGUUAGCACGCAAGAAAGAACAAAAAAACCGAUUGCUGUACUUUAUUAAGUGUAAUGAUUGCCUUCCUGCCAUAUUUGGGGUAUGCCAAGUAUAAAAAUUAUAAGGUUUAGAGAUUAGGAAACGAAGAAAAAAAAAAAAAAAAUUAAUGACGACUCAUUACUACCGCGAAAUUCAUUGAAUUUGGAACAAGAGAAAAUGCGUCGAUAAAUGCGCGAGAUUGCCUGUAAUAUCGUGAACGAAUGAGUGAAAUUUUUUUGGAAAGAAAAAAAUCUGCAUGUGUGAACGUGAUGUGGAUGCGUGCGCGCGCGGAUGAAUGGAUUAUUUUCGGAAAGAUCGUGCUAUUUUUCAAAAUUUUACAUAUUACGCGUACGACUUUUCGCGAAAGAAGACCCUCGAUCCUCGACAAUCGAAGAACAAUACGAGUCGAGUAGCCGUCGAAACAAACCGGCCGUUUCCCUUUUUCGGAAUCGUUCAAAUUCUGUCCACCGAUCGGUAUCGUUGUUGCACCGAUUGUUGGAUUAUUAACGCGCGACAUUGUCAACUCUCAAUAAUUAAGCACGGAAUUUCAUUCAAACGAUUCGCGUCUACUCCUCGAUCGUUCUUGCCACGAACCGCCGUUCAAGAGAUCUCGUGCGACGUCUACGAGCGAGUUCGUAUCCGGAGCCUAGUCACCCUAGGAGCAGAAAGAGGGGGAAGACAGUGAGAGAGAGAGAGAGAGAGAGAGAGAGAGAGAGAGAGAGAGAGAGAGAGAGAGAGAAUGAGAUGGACAGGAUGGGGAAGAAUGAGAGAGCGAAUGGGAUAGGAGACAGAGAGAAAGGAGGGAGAGCGUGUGACAGAGAGAACGAAAUUUUCUAAACAAAAAAAAAAAAAAAAUAAAUAAAGCAAAUUUUUUAAAGUUGGCACACUGGUUCGAGUGACUCUUUGUAAGUAUUAAAAAGUAAAUAAAAAAAAAAAAAAGAAAAAAAAAAGAAAAAAAAAUUCGAAGUGGCCUUCUGUAAAAGGAAAAGACCAUCGCUUUUCGCUUUUGCUCGAGAGAAAAAAAAAGGAAAAAAAAAAAAAAGAAAAAAGAAAGAUGGGGGCGUAUAGGCUAUCCGUCGUGUUAUACGUUGUUUAGGCAAUCUUUUUAGAAAACGUUGUUCUCGCGCCACUCCCCUAUGGAAGCUUUAAACGGUUUGUACGAAAGUUCCGAGAGGAAUCGAUUAGCAAGUUAAUUAUCGGCGAUUAGAAAAUUAAAUUCGGGAAAAAUCUCUAAAACGCGUUAUUCUUGAUACAAAAGAUUUUUGGAUGAAACUAAAAAAAAAAAAAAAAAAAAAAAAAAAAAAAAUUCGGUCGACGAGAAAAAAAGUGCCGAUCGAGCACGUUUUAUUUUUUCGUGAAAAUCGGAACGACACGCGAGAGAGCGAUCGAUUGAGGAAAGGAGGAAAAAAAAAAAAAAAGAAAGAAAAAAAGAAAGAAGAAUGAUAAAUCGCGAAUUUAAAAGAUUUUAUUACGAUUUAGGCUUAAUGUGUUCAACGAGAAGGUAAAUUUGAACGAAACCAGCGGCAGGGUGGAGCAAAAGAAACUCGUGAGUCAAAGCGAGGAGAUGGAAUUGGAAGAAGAAAGGGAAAAAAAAAUAUAUAUAUAUUCAAAGAGCCGCGAACGAAAUUGCGAGAAAGAAUUAGCGGAACGAUAAAGGGUUAGGGAGAGAGUGUGCGAGAGAAAAGGAUGGGGAAUGUGAACAGGCGAGAAUGUGGAAAAGAUUAAAAUUAAUAUUGUAUAAAAAAAAAAAAAAGUAGCAAGUGCCUUUCAAACAAAAAAAAAAAAAAAGAAUUUUACGUGUCCCGUAGACCGUGACCACUUGUACGUGAUGAAAAAAUCAUUCGAAAUUUCACAUCACCAAAUGAAUCAUUUCCGACAAAAGUGGAAAAGAAAUAGAAGAAACAAAAUGAAAGAAAGAAAGAGAGAGGAAAAAGCAAAAAAAAAAAAAAAAAAAAAAAGUACAGAUGACAAAGAUACAAAGAAUUAUUUGUGGGGAUGUUGCGUAAAACAAAAACUAUUACUACUCCUUAGUAUGUAUACAUAUUCUCUUCGUCUCGUCUCGAAGUGUUAGCGACGCUGCGCGAUUUCUGCGAAGAUUAAACAGCACGGUGUUAUAGUCGAGGAUAGAAUCAAAGGAGGAACUCGAAUAUUUUGCAAAAAGAAGAAUAAAUAAAUAAAUAAAAUUGUUGGCUUCAAUUUUAAAACAAUAUCGAUACCCGUUCUCGAUCGAUUCGAAUCGGAUCUGGUUGGGAUAGUGAAUUUUUUUUUUGUUUUUUUUUUUUUCCCAUCGAUUACGCAAUGUGUCUACGAAACUUUUGUGUGCGUGUAGAGCGAAUGUACAAAAUCUACAAGCAAACCCGACAAAAUUUCUGUUUUGGAUCAACCCACCACCGGUAAUACCCUGAAUGGCAUAUUCUCGUAAACGUUUCUUUUUGAUUCGCUUGUACGAAAGAGAGAGAGAGAGUGAGAGAGUGAGAGAGAGCGAGAGAGAGAGUGAGAGUGAGAAAGAGAAAGAAAGAGACAUAGAAAGAGCGAAGAAGGAUGGUAAAUAGGGGGAAGGGGGGGAUGAAAAGUAGGAGAGAAGCGUGUAACUAAAUUAUCAGAGGGAACGGAUAUUUCGAGAAUCUUUCGUUUGCGCAUUUUUGAUAUAUCUGUGAACAGAUGAAGAAAAACAAAGAUACUUAUAUUACAUACAUAAGGUGUAAGUGAACAAAAAAAAAAAAAUGCAUCUAAUACGCUAUUAUUGAUAUAGGACACAAAGUAAAGUAAAUAUAUAUGAGACAAAAAAAAAAGUAUAUAUAUACAUAAAUUGAUAUAUUGACGCUAUAAGAUUGCUGCUGGAUGCGUUUUACGUUGAAGGAAGAUGAUGCAGUUUUCCGUUCAAACGUCGUCGAGGACGAAACAAAAGUUCACGGGGAGAAUUAAGUUAGACAAAAGUAAGGAUCUUAGAGUCGAAGACAAAGUAGCUCUUAGAAUUUUUAUCGAGGCAACAUAAGGACGGACAGGCGUGACGCUAGUAUACCACUUUCGAGGAAUAAACCUAUCCCAUUUGUCCUCGUGGCCUGUACUUUACGUUUCACUCGCAUAUCGAUCCAUCUCGCUCGUGUUUCCCGCUCUUCUCGAUCCAUCUUGCGCGUCCAUCUUCCCGAUUUCUUUGCGAAUCCGAGUGGAAAAAUGUAACGCGGCCCGGCUAAGAUGGAUCGAAGGGGUGGAAAGUCUUGCGGAAGAUCUUGCGAUAGGAUCACGAGAAUGGGGAGGGGGAGGAAAAACGCGUGGAAAAGUUUGCGAGCGGGACGCGUCAGGCCACGAGGCAACAAACCACAACACUCGGCUGCAAUUGCAAACGAAAUUUUUAACAUUCAUUCUAGUUCAAAAAUACAGGAUCUGAAAUGUAUUACGUGCACGCGCCGAAUCUUUCCUUUAUUUUCGCCUUGGCUUCGAGAUGUAAUGUCUUAUUAUAAUAAUGAUCGACCCGACAUACGCGCCACACGUAUACACGAGAAGAAGAGGUUGAGAGAGAGAGAGAGAGAGAGAGAGAGAGAGAGAGAGAGAGAGAGAGAGAGAGAGAAGAAACAUUCAAAAGAAUCCAAGCAGGCCGUAAGAGUAAAAGCGAUAACGAAGCGUAGUAAUCCCUGUAUCCGCGAUUUACGACUAGUUUACAGGAUGUAACACGUAACUGCGUUUAACGAAAGGACGUUACGACAGCGGAAGGAACGCGGUCGAAGGACAACGUGGAACGACACGCGUUAUUCUGCUGCAGUAACGAACUAAACAUUCGAGACUAAACUAUAGGUGGCAUCCUAAUUUACAGAAAUUAUUAGUCGAACAAUAGAACCGCACAUUUUUCAGAAUCUGAUUAUUUAAUCGUAUACACCCAGUCGUGGGGCAAUAUCCAACGUAUGCGUCCACAAAUACACGCGCACCCGACCACUUACCUACGCAUUUUGAGCGAUGUCACACACAUACACAUACACAUAUACAUAUACAUAUACAUAUACAUAUACACGUUACAUGACACAUGCUCAAGAAAAUGUGAAACAAGAGGAAGUUUGAAAGAAUUGAAAGGAUAAGCGAAUAAAGAGUGGAGAGAAAAGAUAAAGGGAAGAAGUAUAUAAGAGAGAUAAAAUAAAUACUAGAAAAGAUAAGAGAUCCGAGUGAAAAGUGUAUAGAAAGAAUGUAAACGAGCGAACGAAAAGAGAAAUGAUUCUUGGAACAAAUACACUAAAGAAAAAACACAAUAUGCUACGCGACAAACAAGCACAAUCGCGCGUUCACUGUAAAUAGAAGGAUGCAACAUUAUUAUACGACAAAGUUCAUCUUUAUUAUCGUAACCUGUAAUAUAUUUAUUUGUCCGGUCGUAAAGGUAUUUUAUGUAAUUUAAGAUCCGAGCCUCUGUUUCAUUUGAAUUUGCCGCCAUAGUGCGCUAACGAGACAUUGGUCGAUGUAAUACGAGGUAGAAAGGCGUUCUAAAAGGUACGGAUAAAUAUUUUUAAAGACGCUUGCGAAUAAAGUUGAGGAGCGCGGAUGGCCUCCGACCAAUGCCUCGCGAAUAAUUAGGAGCGAAAUCGAAAAGGACCACGUAAUGCGCUCUCGCGAUCGAAGUUGAUCGUAGCAAUUUCCGACCAGUUCUUACCUCGAAAUUUAGAGAAUGUCUCCGAAUCGUUAUUGCGGUUGUUAUAUACAUGUUUCUAUCACUUUUCAACCUCGAUCGCGUGAACCUGCGAAUUGUGUCUAAUUGUCUUCGUUUCAGUUUCUAAUCUCGAUCGAUUCAUUCGAAAUUGUCGCAGCUUACAAUAGAAGACGCUCGCUGUCCAAAAAAUGACGAUAAACGCAAGUUUCUUUGCAGAUGGCGAUAGUUUAUAGUUACUAUUGUUUCUAUUUACAUUAAAAACAAAGUAUUUCUUUUGAGUAGAUAGUCGAAUUGAUUAAACCGACACACUAUACGAAUAGUUGCGCGCGUGACUUUAAGAAAACGCUCGAAACGUGUGUGUACCCGUGACGAAUCGCGAAGCGACGUUUGUUUCCGUUUCCUUCCGAACACCUCAAAUACGAGGCUUUGGAAAUAGUUUACGUUAGUCACGGAUGCAAGCAAAACCUGUCACCCAUUACGAAUUCCUCUUUUAUUUAUUACCGAUUAGCAUGUAAGAUGACGUUCUACCAACAUAUGCUAUAAUUAUAAAUACACCUUAUAUAUAGUAGAGUAAGCGUUACAUUACCUACCUACCUACCUACCUACCCACCUACCUACCUAUCCGUGCUUGACGGGUGAAACAAACAGAUGAAUCACGCAAUCAUAUAUUUAAGUUGCUAUUUGGCACGUAUACCUAAGUAAUAUACUAACAUAAACAGUAUGCAAUAAUAAAUAUGAGAAAUUAAAUAA